AGAUGGGGUGAAUAAGCCAUUUGUUUGUCCCUCUGCUGUCCUCCCUGGCCUUGCCUGGUGCUUGGUGCCUGGCAUCCAGGGUAAUUUCCUUUCAUACCGACCACUGCCAUCCAUGCAUUAGCAUUUUCUGUGCAGUAAGGGCAACACUUGGUGCACGAUUGUGUUUGUGUGCUUGCUUGGUUGCUUGCUCGCUACAGGCCUUAUUAUGCAGGGACUGGGGAAGACAGAGCGAGGGGAGCAGGGCCGAGACAUCGACCUGACAUCGCUGAGAUCCACCAUGCCAGCCAGCGGCCCUCUGCAGGGAGGUUCAGCCUCUAAUCUGAACAUGAACCUGUAUGCCACCAAGAAGACAGCAGCUGAGGGCAUGUUGGACAUCGCUCUGUUCCUGGCUAACAUCACACACAUGAAGACUGUCAUCGAACAGGGAGCUGGAUACAGGUACUACGUCGCUGUUCUGACGCUCAUUUCCUUCUCCCUGGCUCUUCAGAUAGUGGCUGGAAUCCUGAUCAUCAUCAUCGGACGCCGGGAUCUGAAUAACUCCGCUCUCCAGAAACGACUGGACUACCUGAACAACGUAACGACCAUCAUAGUCUUCAUCACCACAGUACUCAACUUCUUCAUCAGUACUUUCGGCAUGCAGCGCACUGGACACUUUCCAUGGCUUAUGAUGCGUAUUCACUGAUCCACACAAACACACAGACACACACACACAGGCACACACACACACACACACACACACACACACACACACUCACACACACACACACCCUGCUGACUAUUGCACAUUUAGAUUGAACUACAAAUCACACUUACAAUAGCUCAUAACAUGUAUAGAAACAUGCAGAUGACAUUGCCUUUAUUUUUGGUCUUUUGAUGUGUAACUUAACAAUACUCACAGGUUUUUAACAGAGUUGUUGUAUGUGUCUUACAUUUAAAUUCUAUUUUUUGGGGAAAAAAUUACUUCAUAGCCUACUCAGCAAAUGCUUUUCUUCACUGAGGACUGUUGGACUCUAACUCUGGCAGAGCAACACAAGCCUCAAUUCUCUCUAAAUGUUUGUCAAAGCACUGAAAUAAAAAUGUGUUAAAAUGAUUUUUUUUCUCAUUGUUUUACACAGGCUAUUUAAAGUACACAUACAGUGUUUUAAUUUGACUGAGACAGACAACUUCUGCUAUGCUAUAUGCCCUUUUUGUUUUACCUUUUUCUUUUAGCUAAUAGGGCCAUCUAGUGAAGGAGGUCAGGAUAACAAACACUUCCCUCAGCCUUACCUAAUAACUGCUCACACCAGUAAACAGAAAUCAACAAAUAAAAUAAAAAAAAACAAAAA